UGUGGCGUCACUUGGAUGCGCCGAGCUCUAGUUUCCAAAGUUUUUAUGAAGCACUAUGGAUAGCUGAUAACAAAAAGUGAGUUCCUGACGUAAUAGCCGCCAAAAUCACAGGCAACCAACCGCUAUGACGGCAAACAUUGCUGCUGAACUUGUGGUAAAGUGCAAUUUUCCCCCUAUUGUCCCAUUCUUUCUUCAGUCAGAUGGAUGACAUUAACGUGCUGCACCACAGAUGCCUUCUGAACCUGAGACGUCGAAUCAGAGAUAUUGGGGAUGGGCGCCCAGCACAGGAACGAUACAUGAGGUUGCAGAAGGAUGGAGACACACUCAGUUACCAAGGGAACUCCGAAGAGGUGGGUUGCUAUGUGGCAGGCCAUCCUUUAUCAAAGGGAAAUUGCUACUUUGAGGUGACAAUAGUGGACACAGGGGUUAGGGGUACCAUUGCUGUGGGCCUGGUGCCUAAAUUCUACAGACUUGACCACCAGCCUGGCUGGCUGCCAUACUCUGUAGCUUACCAUGCUGACAACGGCAAGUUAUACAAUGGCAACCCCGUUGGACAGCAAUUUGGGCCAAAGUGUGCUCGUGGUGACCGCAUUGGCUGUGGAAUACACUUUGAAAAUAUUAAAGCAGGUUUUACGAUAGUCUUUUUCACCAAAAAUGGCAAAGAGGUGGGAUCACUGGAGGUUCCCAUUUCUGCAGAGGGGCUGUUCCCAGCUGUAGGGAUGCAUUCCAUGGGGGAGGAGGUGAAGGUUGACCUACAGGCAGAGUGGUUCCUGGAGGAAGAUGAAAGUAUGAUGAUGGUGGACAGCCAUGAAGAUGACUGGGGGCGGCUUUUCGAUGUCAGGGUUAGCGGCACGCUCCUGGAGUAUGUUGGCAAAGGAAAGAGCAUCAUGGACGUGGGUUUGGCUCAGGCACGCCAGCCACUCACCACCCGCUGCCACUACUAUGAAGUGGAGAUUGUUGAUGCUGGGGAGAAGUGCUACAUUGCCCUGGGCCUGGCAAGAAGGGACUACCCCAGGAAUCGACACCCGGGAUGGAGCCGAGGGUCAGUGGCUUACCAUGCUGAUGAUGGUAAGAUCUUUCAUGGCAGCGGCGUUGGAGACGCAUUUGGUCCUCGCUGCUUCAAAGGGGACAUCAUGGGCUGCGGCAUCAUGUUCCCACGAGACUACAUCCUGGAAGGAGAAGGUGAGGGCGAAGGCUUCGGGUGCUGCCAUUACACUGUCACUCAUUCAAGAGGUGACAUUGACGACUGGGAUCGCCUGGAGGUCCGUCCGGGUCAUGCUGGCGUCCAGAACGUCCUGUACCUCAACGACGACGAAGAGGAAGAUGGGGAAGAGCUAGAGCAGGGACAGGAGGGCAGGAACGUCACGGUGUUCUUCACGAGGAACGGGAAGCUGAUGGGCCGGAGGGAGAUGAGGGUCCCUCCUGGGGGCCUCUACCCCACUGUGGGGAUGCUGAGCAGCGGAGAGAAGGUCAAAGUGGAUUUGCAUCCCCUCAGUGGAUGAGUUGAGCAUGUGAACUGGACUUGUGACGCCCUGCAAACAGCUGGCUGCACUGUAGCGCUCACCCACGAUAGCCCAGCGUGCACUCACCAGAGCCGCUCACAUGCACAUCCCGCUGUCGUCAUCCUCGACACCGCCUCUGCGUUUGUCAUUUGUCACAACCCCAAGCAAAGCAGAGCGAGGCCAACAGUCAGAGCUCGUUGCUGGUUUAUGUUUCAGGGAAUAGAUCCUUUCUCUCUCACACACACCCUCUUCCUCAACCUCCCUCUUGCUGUCCUCUUGCUGGGUGAGGCUGCCCUCCUGUGAGCGAUCAGGGACCUGCUAUUGCCUCAAGUGAACUGUGGAUCUGUUGCAAUAUUUCAGAAAUGCAUCCACGCUCAUUUUUUAUGAGGAUUGUGUGAGGAUUAGAAUCAGAAUCAGCUUUAUUGGCCAUGUAUGUGUGCACAUACAUGGAAUUUGACUCUUGUUACACGUACGCUCUCGUCGUACAUACAUAUUUAAAUUACAAAUGACAGGAUAAAAAUAAAAAGACAUUAAAGAUAUUAAAGUGCAGGUUUUGCAAUCACAACCUCACAUAAGAUGCUGUUACUGAGCGUGAGCAGAGUGAAUAAAUAUCAGAGGCUUUUUUAUAGUUUUCUGUUGGAGCCAGACUACAAAUAAAAACACGUCCAGUACAUGCACGUUAAAAGUUAUCUUCUACAUUAAAAGUUCAGGGAAUAUGUUUGGUGCACUUUGGGCCUGUGGAGACAUUUAGGGGAGACAAUGAAUAAACCCCCCCUCCAGAGUAAUGCAGUCCGAUGCAACAGCACAAUGAUCAGACAUAGAAAGUAACCAGAUGUAUAUAUCUGUAAGUAAAAUGUAACUUAGCAAACUCGCACAAAAGUAUAAGUUUUAGGGCUGUUGUAUUGGAUUGCAUCAGACUGUAAAGUGUUAUUCUGUGUUUCAAUAUCUUGUUUUAAUCUCUCUGCAUGUUUGCCCUCAAUACACAGGUUUCAUUCCCAUCUUUUCUAUUUCCCCCACCCCAAUAUUGAAUCUUUACGUUAGAACAAUGUGAUAUUUUUGCAGUGAGUUUAAAAGAAGAGAAUAAGAAGAUGUAUUGCUUUAGGAGUCGGAAGAUAACUUCCUCUCUGUGUUGCUGUAUGUAAUGUAGAAAUAUCUGCUGGAAGUUUGUUUUUUAAGAUAAAGACAAUGAUGUUUGGUCGCACAGCAUUCGACAGCAGCACCAGGGGCUGUUUCACAAAGCCAGAGAAGUGGUUUCGCCAUUUAACUGUGGGCUUGACUCACUAUCAAGCAGGUUGGACCUUUUUCAUUGUUGAUUAAUCUGCUGAUUAUUUUCUUGAUUGAUUAAUCAUUUAGUCUAUAAAAUAACAACCAUAUUCAGAAAAGGCCUCAAAUUGAUAAUUUAAUGAUUAAUCUAUGAAUCAAUUAGUUGAUAGACCAAAAAAUUAUCUGAAACUAUUUGGAUAAUUGAUUAAUCGUUUCAGCAAUUUUUAUACAAAAAUAGUGAAAGAAAUGCCAAAUAUUUUCUGGUUCCUCUUAUAUAUAUCGUUAUGGCGAUGAUGAUUGAUUAUGUGUUACAAUGAUCCAAAGGAUUGUUAUAUAACAUGUUUGUUUACUUGUUAGCACCACUGCUAAAUACUAAAUGAAAACUAUUGUGUGGCCUGAAAGCUGUGGCCGUUUUGAUUCGCUGUGAAGUGCAGCCAAACCGAACGUCGGGAGGGUUCCCCGUUGGUUUAGAGGAGGGAACCGGAAGUGCACAAAUACAAACUUGUUUCUGGGUCUAAGGACUCAUUCCUGCAACACUUAAUGGCAAACUCACUCCUCGCUGUAUUAGUAAACACCGGUUAUCCUGGAUCAUCAAUGUCCUGCUCAGUUAAACCAGGUAGACUUAGUUUAACUUUAUGAUACAGACCUCAGAGCUAAAGCAAUCUGUUCAGGUGAAUGAUAAAUACUGUAGAGUUUAUAAUAUUGUGUCAGUGGGAGCUGGUUUCCACUCAAAUUAUUCAGAACAAUGUGAAUGAAGGGAAUGACAUCAACUUUAUUAUAUUGUAUCCGCUGAUCAUCAAAUUGUUCUGCAUCUUCCCACAUCUGUAUCUCGUACAACAUAAGCCCUCAACAUAUACUAUAACGUACAUUCAUAUGAGGCGCAUACCCCAGUUUCCUGAAGUGUUUCAUCAUUCAUACUGCAGACAGUAAUGCUAGAAAUAUAUCAUACACAGGGUUUGUUUUUAGCUGUUGUCAUGCAUCUUGUUUUUGAGCCAUUGGCGUAAUUAAUAUGUAAAUCUGUCAUGUUUUUCUUCUCCUGCAGGUCUGGAUAUAGACUGGAUAUAAAGUUACGGUUGUACAGCCUGAACUGUUAAACUUAUUAUGCUAGACAGUGCAAAGAUAUUGAGACACGGACGUGGACAUUUUAGGCCACAUAUACAUUCAGGGUAUUGAAGUCACUUGUAUGAAAGUGUACUAAAAAUCUCAGUAGAAAAAAAGAAAUCAUUGUUCAACCAAAUUAGAGCUAAAUAUCUGUUUUUACAUUUUUUGUAGCAUCUCUGACUUUACUCACCAAGGGGUCGGCUGUAGCUCAUGGGGAUGAGUGGUCGUCCCGUAACCACAAGGUACCGGUUCGAUCGCCACUCUCCCCAUAGU